AUGGCAUCAGGAAAUAUCCAAGUUAAUUUAUUUGACAGGCAAAACGAAGUUUUUGAAGUACGAGAGAUGCCCAGUGGUUUAGAGUUUGCAGUAAAUCUGCGUCUAAGACAUUGCGAUUGUGGUGAGUUUCAGGUCGAUCGAAUUCCUUGUCGCCAUGUAUUUGCCUGUUGUGCAAACCAGCGCCUAGAUUGGAAGCAGUAUGUGCAUGAGGUAUAUACAAUGGCAGAGAUCCGAAAGGUGUAUAGAACCCGAUUCAGGCCACUAGGAAAUCCAACAACAUGGCCUGUGUAUCAAGGACCACGACUAGUACCAAAUCCUCACCUUAGGCGAGUGGCCAAAGGUCGUCCUAAAAAAACACGCUUCUUGAAUGAGAUGGAUGUGCGUGAUUUACGUGGUCCUAGGCGUUGUAGACUUUGUGGUGGUGAGGGUCACAGCCGAAGUAGAUGCCCGCAUCGUGGAGGAGCUAGUGCUAGUGGUUCGGCUCCGAAUGAGUAG